AAACCUGUUCGUGUGUUUCACUCAGCAGCAAUUACCGAAAGAUACGAUGUUUUCACUCUUCAGACAGCUGAUGGCGUCAAUGUUCUUCUCCAAGGUUAUAUUAACAGGACACUCACUGUUGAAAAUGGGUUUUCCUCUCAGGUUAAAGUUCAUGUUGCAACAGGUCUUUCGGCAUUUCUGUUUCGGCUUUCCUCCUGAUUGGGAAGAAUGUGGAACCAAGUUUCUGAAUAGUAACUGUGAAAGCGUGGCAGAGCCUCCGGUGUCUCAAAAUGAAUGCCGGCCUAUUUUCUUAUCAUUGCCAGUAGAUGAUGGUGUUAAUAAUUUGAAGAAUGAUGACUCAAAGAAUCUUUCACCACUAUCAAGUUGUCGUGUAAAUGAUGUAAGUUGGGUGAAAGAUAGCGUGGUGGUACCAGCAAAACCUUCUGGUCACCAUGUGGAUGUGGCACUAUCUUCGGAAAAGAUAGGCAGCAAGAAAAGCAAAACCAGGUCCUUUGGAAAGUUGAUGGCUAAAAGGUCAAGUAGUUUAGAAAGAAUCAGCAUCAAGAAUGAUGCAUCGGGGGAAUGCUCAGCACUCACGGAUUAUAAUGCGGGCAAUAUCACUAAAUCAAACUAUGACCAGACACGGUCUGUUAGAACUUCAGGUGGGGUACUGGCUGUAUCCUUAGAAGUGAGCCCGAGUUUAAAGAAAAAGAAAAGGGAAAAUGAGGGAAACAAGGAUGGACUGAAGAGUGGAAGUGAUUUCUCAAUGCCAUCUUUGCCUCAAGGCCCUCAGGUUAUGCUAAGAUGCACUGAAAAUAAUACUACACAAGGGCCGUCUCUUUCUAGAUCUCCGACUCGGGGAGAUUCUGAUAUUUUAAAUCAAUCUGAAAAAUGUCUCGUGGAAAACUCUCUGUUUUCCAGCAUGCGGUCAGGUGCGGAAGCCAAUAUCAUUAGUCCAUCCAUGGAAGAAACAGAGACAUUGGAUGCUAAUCUCAUUGAUUCUGGACAUAGGAAAAGCACUGCCUCUGUGACAAAUCUGAAAAAUUUACCGAUACAGAAAUCGGUCUCUGGACAUUCAGUGAGGUACAAAGCCAAAAGGUUGGUAUCAGUUGAAGGUAAACCGAAGAGAAAUUCAGGCACAACUCUUGAUAUAGCAGAGGCAAUGUUGACAGCUUCAAGAAAGAUGAAUACACUGUCAGGAAAUUCAAAAAGUAAAGAGAAGAAAGAAACAAUAGCUGUUGAGAAAGGAGGUUUGUCCAUGAAGCAAGGAGAAGGAAAGUUAUUUUUGAUGCCGAUGAUCGGUUUCAGGAUUACUACUCUCGAGACCAGCACCGGAACUUAUUGACCAUCUCAUUGGAACAACCAAAUCCCUGCCAAUUUAUAAAUGACAAAGUAUCCAUAAACAUCCAUUUCAAUGCACAGAAGGAGGGAGGAGAGAGGUCACAGGUUUGAGACCUGCCCUUAUUCCUCAAAACAGGAAAAAGAACACGCAUGUUUAACAUUGGCUUCCUAAUGCUGAAGCCAACUCAAGCUACUGCUGCUGUACAACUCCCACUCUAUAAUAUCUGGAGAAGGAAAAUAGAAAGAUGCAUACCCUUCUGUGCAUUUGUGUCUGCAGCGGUUCAUCUUAUUCUCUGUAUAAUUUCCAAUGACAGCAUCGAGGCUCCUUGCUAGUUCCGGUGAAUCACGUAAUGAUAAAACAUCCCAAACCUUAAGAAUU